GGACUUGUGUUGAGAGCGCUUACCAGACCUGGGAGCAGAUGCACCUGUUCUCUCUCUCUCUCUCUUUCAUUCACAGUCAGUCAGUGAACAUCUCCACACGUCCGUCUCUCACAUCAAGCUCCUGUGUUUAUAUUUUGAAAGAACUCCAGCUUCAGUCUUACUACUGGAUUACCUUUUUAAAAAAAUGACAUACCACAGCAGCAAGCCACUGGGAAGGUAGAGCAGCAACUGGUUUAAUAAGCAGAAUUCAAAGAAAUCUGCAGCAUCCGAAUGAGCCACUGUGAUAUUAGCCUCUCGCUCAGACCACAGCAUUAUGGAGGACUCGACAGAGGUGCGGACGGAUGGAAAUUCAUUGCUUAAAGCCGUUUAUCUUUGUCGUCUGAGGUUGACACGCUUGCUUUUGGAAGGGGGAGCUUACAUUAAUGAAAGCAACGAGAGGGGAGAAACCCCACUGAUGGUGGCUUGCAAGAGUCACCAUGCUGAUGCUCAGAGCGUGCCGAAACACAAGAUCAUCAGGUAUCUUCUUGAAAAUAGUGCAGACCCUAACAUUCAAGACAAGUCUGGAAAGACCGCCCUAAUGCAUGCCUGCAUAGAACGGGCAGGGCAAGAAGUGCUGUCCCUUCUGCUGUCCAGUGGAGCAGACCCUAGUUUGGAGGAUCACAAUGGGUCUUCUGCUCUGGUCUAUGCAGUUAACGCAGGAGACAAGGAUGCACUUAGAGUACUCCUGGAUGCUUGUAGAGCCAAGGGAAAAGAAGUCAUCAUUAUUACAACAGAUAAACUACCAUCGGGAAGACAAAUGACCAAACAGUACCUGAAUGUACCACCUCCUCCGAAUCUUGAAGACCGGUUACACUGUAGCCCUGCGUCAUGUAUGUCCCCCACUGAAAUUAAAUUCUGUACCCCUCAUGUUUCUCCCCACACCAACAAACAGGCUGAAAGCCCCCCUUUGACAAAAAGGGAGAACCAAAGCCUGGGCUCCGUUUCAACGGUUGGCAUAUCCAAGCCAGGAUCACCAAUUCAAGAUUCAAGCCCAGCCAGUGUGGCGAAGCUGUUGCAUCUACAAAGGCUCCAUUCAGAGCCCUGGUUGAAGAUCCCUCCAUCUGUGCUGUUACAGCAAAGCAAGUCCUCAUCCUUUACAGAGGAGCUGCUAGAUAUCACAGCUGAAGAGGAACUCUCCUUUGCGUACAACGGUUGUCCACCGCCGCUGCGAGCAACGGUAGCUCGGCAUCAGAGCAUCGAUGCGAAAGACUCCGCUGGUCUGCUUAGAGCUUUAGAGAAAGCAGCUGAGAGCGAACGAGAACUAACAAAAGACCAGAAAUGGCUAAGUAGGAAAAUGUCUUAUGAUGGUGAAUUACUACCACACUCCUCACAUCACAACCUCAAACAGGCGUCAGUUUCAGACACCACCCCUUUGGACAGACACUCCGAUUGUCUCCCCAAUUUGGCAGUUUCGAGUUUGCGAAAUGUGUUUCGUCGCCGCAACAUCGGAAUGGACCACUACAGUUCCGACUCUCAGUUGCCGCAAUUCGGGAGCCAACCCUCUGAAGACCUCGGGAAGUCCGGAGGAGGAACCGGGGGAACAGAGAAACGCAAGCUUGUCACCAGCCGUUCCUCCACUCUGUCUGGAUCCAGAGAGUCUCUGGAGAGUCUGGUCCAGAGGAGAAACCCUGCCAUGUUGGAACGGAGAGGAUCUGGAGCCCUACUCCUGGACCAUAUCUCACAAACCCGACCUGGUUAUCUGCCACCUCUCAAUCCACAUGCUCCCAUACCAGAUAUCAAAGCUAAUACCAAUACUGGCUCCAACAGUGGAAGUAAGGCUGUGGCUGGAACCACACCCGUUGUUCCAGGAUCUAGACAUUUUGUGCCCUGUGCCCCAAGCCAUCCCAGAGAUCACAAGAACAAGAAGACUCUUCUUAGACGACACUCCAUGCAAACUGAGCAAAUUAAGCAGCUGGUUAAUUUUGAAGAGAUCUUUGGUCAGUAAACACACAUAUGGCAUAAAUGUAAACUUUGAAUGCACUGUAAUUCACUUUGGAUUAAAGCGUCUACCAAAAAAAUAUAAGGAAAAUUUCCUAAAUUUGAUCAUACAAUUAUUCCGCAAAAGCACGCAUGUGUGAUUCAUAAAACGAAUGAACGCAUAGAAAGUGUGCAUAUAUGCCUUACUUUCAGACGCAAAAUCUAUAAAUCGCAAAUGAGCUUGAAAUUGUGCGCAUCUAAACAAUUGCAGAUUUCCAUGCCUAAUUAAUGUCAUUGACAUAUGAAAGAGCACCUCUCAAUGUUUAAAUCCUUUUCGAGCAGCAAGAAUAGCUUAUAUUUCCAAAAACCUGCAGCAAUCGGACAAGCAAAAGUGCGUACGUCUGCUCAGACCCUGACGUUGCGCUAAGCACUUUAUAACACGUCAAAGAGUUUUUAUAAAUAUGGACUUUACGAUCAAAUCUGCUUUAUAAAUGAGGUCCGUGGUUUGUUUUGUGAAUCAAAUAUCUGAACAGGAUACAUUUUAGAUUUAAAUAUGAAUAAUAACAUUUUAACCACUUCUGUAAAUUCACUUUUCAAACAGGCCAAUGGGAUUUUAUGGUAAAUUUCUCUGUUACAAAAUUGAUUGCACUUUACUGCUGU